CAACCAGUUAGUGUGCAUUUAAUUUAAAAAGAACCAGUCAACUGAAUAGUUGUUAUUAAAAACGUCAGAGCAAAGUACUUAUUGAAAGGAAUGAAUGAAUAUGGAUAUACAAUUAUGACGAUCGAGGUUACAUAAUUAAUUAAAAAUUUGAUGCAAAUGGGGACUGAAUAUAAACUUUUGUAAGUGCCUUACAUCAAUAUUUGUGCAACAUUACACCAAAGAAUGGAAGAGUUAUUAAAAGCGUUUCAUAUCAUGGGUGAGGAAGUUCGACAAGGCCAUGAUCCAGCUUGUGUGUACAAAAGUGAUCUGUUUAAUUUUUCAAAUUCUACAGUAUCCGCCUUUCCGAACUCUCCUACCGCUAUGAAAUACAAGACAGCUUUCAGUAUGUUUCGUAAAGCAAAGUCAGUGCUAUGUCGAUAUGCAAAAUCAAAGAUUGAAACAGACAAUGACUGUGAUUUCUUGGAACCAGCUUUCCAUGGCUAUGCUAAGGCAGAGAUGUGUGAAAACCAUUUGUAUGAUACAAAUAGGCCCCCUGAAAACACAUAUGACCUCAUUGGUCAAUACCUUAAACAGAGACCGGAUGACAUACUAUCGGAAUAUUUUAAAAAUAUUUUAGAACAAAACAGGAAUGAAUUACUUGUAUCCAAAUUUGAAAGUUUACAAAUGUCCAUUCGCACAAAGGAAAUACUUGCGGCAAAAGUAAGAAGAGCCAGUGCUCACUCCGAUAUAAAACGUCAAAUUCUUGCUACUUUGUAUAAUAGAUUAGGUUCGUUAUACACUAUCACACAGCAAAGAAUUCGUGCAAUCGAUUCUUUCCAAAAAUCAUAUGAUAUUGACAAUGAUCAACAUGAUUCUCUUUUUGGCAUUGCAUAUAGUGACCGUUAUAAGCAUCCAGAAAAGGCUUUACAAUUGAUUAAUAAGUACUUAGAUGCUGCACCAGAAUGUCAUAAGAAGUAUUAUGAUGCAUAUUAUACCCUAGCAGAGAUUUAUAUCUUUUUUUAUAGAAACAAAGCAAAAGCUGAAGAAUAUUACCGCAAGGGGUUAAAAGCUGAAGAUAAACAGUUGCCGUUUAUAAUGCAUGAAGACACAACUUCUAAACGUUUAGCAAAGCAGUUAAUCGAGCUUCCAUAUAUAACCGAUGAGUUAGUAGAGCUCCUUUACAGUGCAAUAUGAUUUAGAAAAAAAAAGUAACGAACGUGUGUGCUUUCUGUCCCGUUUAUAAAAUUAAAAUUGUAAAGUAGAAUACUAGAAUAUAAAUCGUUUUUUCCAUGACUGUAAUAAAAAUACCACUGUAUAUAUUGUCAAGGAUACACAACCAGUAUAACAUGUCUCUUAGGAAGCACUUGCCUCUUAGAUCUAGCCUCAUACAUUUACAGAUGUAUUUUCUAUAUUUGGAAGACGUGUUUAUUCAGCAUACAAUCGGUGUUCCUUGGGGAAUCAACUAUCAUGCUAUGAUCCGUUGUUGUAGAUGUAAUACAGGAGCUCCUCGUUUCGCUAUAUCUAUGAUGUUUUCUCACUUUAUAAUUUAAAUUUUGGUUAAAAGGUUUUACGCGUUUUUCUGUCGAACUUGAAAUAAAGAAUACAGUUAAGUCUU